GCGCAUAACGUGGCGCAUCAUGCCCAAGAUCUGCUCGUCACAUUUACACCUUCUGCACUUGAUAUAUUUCUUGUUUUUUUCCCCCCAUCUAUCUCUCUCACACGCCCACGCACACACGCACACGACAUGCACGCAUCUCUAUUGUAUUUUAUGUGUGCCUACCAAGUUUUUUAAAUCCGUGGGUGUGCAUUUUACAUACAUAGGUGAUAUAGGAUCAAAUUUUAAUGUUGAAGAAUCAAAUUUUGAUAUUGAAGAAUCCAAUUUUGAUGUUGAACCAGAUUUUGAUGUUGAAGAAUCAAAUUUUGAUGUAGAAAAAUCAAAUUUUGGUGUUGAAGAAUCGAAUUUUGAUGUUGGAGGACGAGAAAGAUGUUGAAGAACAAAACAAGAAGAACGAAAGAAUGAUGUUGGAGAACAAGAAAGUGAUGUUGAAGAUUGAAAAAAGAUGUUGGAGAACGCAAGAAAGAUGUUGAAGAACAAGAAAAGAAAAGCGGAAGAAUGAUGUUGAAGAACGAAAUAAUAAUGUUGAAGAAUGAGAAAGCGGUGUUGAAGAACGAAAGAAAGAUGUUGAUGAACGAAAAAAUGAUGUUGACGAACGAAAGAAUGAUGUUGAAGAACACAUUCAAGAUUCCAGGAUAUAAACUCAAGAUUUUAUCUUCGAAAUAGUUUAUAGCUUAUUUGUCUCAUGACAUUUUUAAAAAUCACGCUUUUCCCCUACUC